AUGAAGCAACAAGAAGGCGAGAGGUUUGCGGAAUUUGUUAUCAGGAUUAGACAACAAAUUAGUGAAUGUGGCGUCGAUAAAUAUGAACAGAGCGUUUGUAAGAUUCUUACAGACAUCAUGCUGACAGAUACUAUAAUAGAGGGCUAUAUAUCAGAUGAACUACGGAAGCAGAUUCUGCAGAAAGAUCGAUCAGUAGAAGAAAUCGAAGAAAUCGGAAAAUCACUGGAAGGAGUUCAGAAACAAAUGAAAGAUUUUGGAUCAAACCGCGAGGAGUUUAGGCAACAUGAGCGCGUUUAUGGUAUUCAAACCAAACGACGGUAUCAGCCAUUGAAGCAGAAAGAAGACUUUCUACAGAAAUUCAAAAAUCCGGAGAUGAACUGUUUCAAAUGCGGGCUUUUCGGACACAUUUCGAGUGACACACGAUGUCCGGCCAGAGGAAAAUGGUGCAAGCGAUGCAAGAAAAUAGGACAUUUUGAAGCCCGAUGUCGGAUGCAAGUCAGACCUUUCUCACGUUGGAAGGAAGAAACAGUAGGAGCCAAGAAGAUUCGAGCUGUAAAACGUACUGCUGCACAGGACCAGAAAGUCCAAGAAUUAAAUGUAAUUGAGGCUACAGAACCGUCGUCGGAUAAUUCAUCGAAAACAUAUUACGCUUUCUAUUCUGGAAACGAGUCAAAUACGGUAAAAUGUGUGAUCGGAGGUGUUUCUCACUCGAUGUUGGUUGACUCAGGAGCAGAGGCAAAUUUGAUUACUAGUGAUGCUUGGAAGGAAUUUAAAUCUGCGGGAAUCGAAGUAAUCAGCUGUAACAAAGGGAGCGAUCGUAUACUGAAAAGCUACGCCAACGACACUCCUCUCACGGUAUUGGGCACGUUUACAUCAGUUGUCCGGGCUGGAAUAAGAUCCGUAGAAGCCGAGUUUUUCGUGAUCCAAGGAGGUCAACGGUGUCUGUUGGGAGAUGCUACGUCCAAACAAUUGGGAAUAUUAAAAAUUGGCCUGGAGAUCGAUCGUAUUUCAGAAAAUAUAGAGCAACUUUCAAAGAUUGCUGGCGUUAGUGUUCAUAUUCAUUUGGAUCCAGAUGCUAAACCGAUUUUUCAACCUAUGAGGAGAGUUCCCGUAGCACUGGAGGAAGCUGUGAACAGGAAACUUGAAGAGCUAAUUGCGAGAGAUAUUAUCGAGGAGAAAAAAGGUCCGGUGAGCUGGGUAUCUCCAUUGGUAGUAGUUGGAAAGGCGAACGGCGAACCUAGGAUUUGUCUGGAUCUAAGGAGAGUUAACGAAGCUGUACUGAGAGAAAGACAUCCAAUGCCAAUGAUCGAUGACUUCCUAGCCAGAGUUGGACCGAAUAUGAUACGUAGCAAAUUGGACGUCAAAGAUUCCUUCUUGCAACUCGAGUUGAAUGAGUCUUCAAGAGAUGCAAUGGUAUUCCUUACAUCAAAAAGAAAGUACCGGUUCAAGCGCAUGCCCUUCGGACUAGUGUCGGCUCCUGAAAUUUUUCAAAAAACCAUGGACGCAAUAUUGGCAGGUACUGAGGGCACUUGGUGGUACAUCGAUGAUGUGUAUAUAGAAGGAAAGGACAAGGAGGAACAUGAUCAACGUGUAAAGAAGGUAGUAAAAAUUAUGUAA